GAAAGAAGGUACCAGACAUCUGUUGGAUUGAGUCAUUGAGAAAAGAAAGCAAUGUCACGUCGAAGUACAAUAUACAGAACUGGUAUACUGACAAAUCGUCGGAUAAAUCAGGUGACUCUGCAACAAGAUGCAUUCCCCAUCUUAGAUGCAAAGGAAAUUACUAUAUGUUUACAAAGUUGUGAUUUUAUAGCUACAGAAGAAUUAGUAACUAAACCUACAAGUUUAUUUAUAAAGUCAUUAUUUGAACAAUUUCUAGAUACAUUUAUGGGAUUGUCACCAGAAACUAUUGAAAAAAAAGUGAGAAGUUUGGAUAAAACUGAUUCUAUAGUAGAUAAAUCAAAUGGAAAUGGAAAUGGAAAUGGAAAUGUAUCUAAUGGUAAUAGUAAUGGUAAACAUAUAGAAGAUCAAGAUCAAGAACUAGAAAAUAAUGCGAAUAAUGCUGAAGAACAAAUUGAAGAUCGUGACACAUCGUCUGCUCUCCAUUUAAUUGUUCUUCAUAGAGCCGCAUUUAAGUUCUUACAAGGAUGUGGAAUAUAUGAUCUUACAUUAAUGGAUAUAAUUCGUCCUGAUCCAAGUAAAAUAAGAAGAAUAUUAAGUGCAGUAGUCAAUUUUGCAAGAUUUAGAGAAAUGCAUUCUCAAGAAUGUGAAAAAUUAGUAUUGGAAAGUGAAUCAAGUUUAGAAAAUGUACGGAAAGUUCAAGGUGAAAAUGAUAAGAUAAUAAAUCAGAUUCAAGGUAUUAAAAGGAAAAUAGAGCAAGAUGCAACUGAGCCUGAAAAGAAAGCCACAUUAAGUCAAGUUAAUUUAUUUAAUUCCAAAUUAGAAUUAGAAUUAAAGAAAUUAAAAAAACAACAAGAGAUAGUUACACUAGAGCAUAAACAAUAUAAAGAUGAGAAAUCUCGAUUAAUUGAAAAAUUAGAUGAUGUACAAUAUUUAUAUUUUGAAUCAUCGAAAGAAUUAGAAAAAUUUAAAGCAUAUUCUGAAACAGAUUUAAGUGUGGUAAAUAAAAUUAUUAAUGAUUUAAAAAUUCAAUUACAAGAUCUUCAAAAUACAUAUAAUGAUUAUGAUAGAAGAGAUCAAAAUUUAAGUAUAACUAUAGAUUCUAUUCAAUUAGUUGAAGGUGAAUUAAAGAAUUUAUUUAGAAUUCUUGAAGAAAUAUCUAAUGAUAUUUCUAAAGAAAGAACAUCAUUAACUAGAUUAACUGAGAGUCAAGAAUAUUUAGAACAAUUAAAAUUACAGUCUAAUGAUUUAUCAAGACAAAUUCAUCAAGUUGAAAGACAAUUGACUAAUAUGCAAGAAAAGACUGAUAAAUUAAAAGUUCAAGCUGAUGAAAGAAUAACUAAGAGUCAACAACAAUUAGCUAAAUAUCGUGAAGAUUAUACUAAAUUAAUUGAACAAAGGAAUUUAAAGGAAACUGAAUAUAAUGAGAAGAAAGAAUUAAUUAGUGAAAUUGAGAAUAAUAUUAAUAAAAGAAAGACUGAACAUCAAUUAGAAAUAAGAAAUACUGAACUUAAAGUAUCUAGAUUAAAUGCUCAAAUAAAACUUUAUUUGGAUGAAGUUGGUAAGAAAGUUCUCACCUGAAAUUGAUUGAUUAAUGAU